AUGGCACCCGCACAGCACAACCCUGCGCCUGCGCCUGCGCCCGCUAAGAAGGGCAAAGGCAAGAAGGCGACCGACCCCUCGGAGCAGCAGAAGCAGAUCCAGGCCAAGAUCGCUCAGCUCGAACUGGACCAGGCAGGGGACAAGGAGCAGGAACUCGAAAUCGAACGCGAAGUUAAGAAAGCAAACCGCGAGCUCUCCUCGCUUCUCUCCAACAUGGACGGCCCGCUGUCUCGGCUCGAAGUCGUGCAGAAACGAUAUACCGAACUCCUCUCCGAUAUGAAGCGCACAGAACGCGAACACCAAAAGGCGAAGAAGCGCGGGGACCAACUGCAGAAGGAGAAGGACGCGCAAAGGUCGGAGCUGAACAAGGUUACGACGAUGAAGGACAAAUUGGACAAAUUGUCGCGUGACUUUGCAAAGGAAAACAAGAAACUCAAGGACGAACUCCACAAGCUCGAAUCUAGCGAAUCCACCGCCAGGCAAGAACUACACGAGCGUCUCGAACACCUGGUGAAUGACGUGGACGAUUGCAUAGCAGCUGCGAACGGGCCUGAACCACAGAAUCAAGCCGAGCAAGAACUGGACGAAUUAUUUCGUCAAAAGUUCAAGUCUUUCAUUGACCAGUACGAGUUGCGCGAAUUACAAUACCACUCGAUGCUGCGACUCAAAGAGCUCGAAAUACAGUAUCACGCCGCCCGACUAGAGCAACAGCGCAAACAACAAGAAGCCGAAUCCUCCAAGUCGCACCAGUUGACCCGUCAAGUGUCGACCUUUUCUCAGACCGAGACGGAACUACGCACGCAGCUCAACAUAUACGUGGAGAAGUUCAAACAGGUCGAGGAAACGCUUAACAACUCGAACGAUCUCUUCCUCACGUUCCGCAAGGAGAUGGAGGAGAUGUCAAAGAAAACCAAGCGUCUUGAAAAGGAGAACCAGACGCUGCAACGUCACAAGGACAUCACGAACCGUAAUAUUGGCGAGAUGGUGGAAGAGCGCCAGAAGAUGCAAGAGGAGCUUGCUCGGCGGACCAAGGAAGCUGAGGACCAGCGGAAGAAGAUCGCUCGCCUGGAAACACUGUGUCGUGGAAUGCAGGCACAAGGUCGAGGCCAGGUUCCGAUGCAUGAGCUAGAUCACGAGGAGCAUGAGGAGGAGGAUGAAGAAGUCACGGAGAGCGAGUACGAAUACGAGGACGAAGAUAGUGCAGAGUACGACGACGACACUGAAGAAGACGGUGUUGAACCGGCGCUUGUGCAUCGACCAUUCGGGCCUGUCCCUCCACCUCCGCCGCAACCAACACCUGCGCAGGGAAAAGUCAACGGGCAUGCACAAGCUAAUGGGCAAAUGAAUGGAGUCAAACGCUAA